CGCCAUAUCUGUUCAUAGAAAGAAACGGCCAUUUCUAUAUGGGUGCUGUGAACACAAGUUUCUCUGUGGUAAAUUCUAUAAUCUGUGUUAGCAAAAAAAUCUGUGUUUAAAUUAAUAAUAUUCGGUGAUACAAACUAAUUCAAAUUGAAAUCGGAAUUUUGUGUUGAACUAUUUGCAAAUUGAUCUUCCACUAAUAUUGGAAAGGACGCCAAGCAUGAAUUCAACAGAAAUUGCUCAAGAUUUCACGAAUAUAUGCCGAUGCUGCAUGGAAGUUGCUUCUUAUGACCUUUUCAAAACUUAUUUUGAGAACGAGCCUUUAGCGAAACUCUUAUCAGUAUGCACAAAUCAAAGAAUUUCCAAAAACGACAUUUUCCCAAAGAAUAUAUGUCAAACUUGCUUGCAAAGUUUGAUAGCAGCAUAUAUUUUCAAAGAAAAGGUUAUAAAAACCCAGCAAGCACUCCUUUCAAUUGCAAGAGUGGUUGAUAGAGUGAAAACCAAAAAAAAUGGCAAUGUUUCCAAAGACCACACUUACCACCAUGAUAAGCAGCAACUUGCGUCUACUCAGCAGCUUAGUGGACAUACAGAACAACAUAUGCCAACCAUGAGUCAUGUCAAAGUGGAAAUUGAAAACCAGGAUGAUGAUUAUCUCUUACAUGAACAAAUGCAGUUGGAAAAUGCUGGAAUGGAAGUUAAAUAUAUUAAACAGAAUGGCGAUGGUGAAGAACAGGAAUUUUGGUUGCAGGAAGUGCCUGAAGGCGAAGGAAGCAAUCAGUUUUUUGCAAUAGAUCCUUCUCAGUCUGAACAAUAUGAGGAUAUGAACAACAUCUUACACAAUGUGAAAGUUCUGAAUCCGGUUCAUUUUGCCGAUGGUAAUACCUAUGUCGAAGGAGAUGCUCAGGAAGGAGAACAUGAAGGAUACCAGACGAUAGAAUUUAUCGAUGAAGAUGUGAAUUAUGUCGAUGAAUCUUCCGUUGAGACCAAGCAAAAAGAAAAAAUCCACGUCUGUCGUGUUUGUCACGAGGGUUUUUUCACGUCCAGAGAGUUGAAUAAUCAUGCUCAAACACUUGGACACGCUCAGAGAUGUUGCAUUAUUUGCUACCAAGCUUUUCACAGUUAUUCGUCUUUGAUCAAGCAUUGUAUGGACACUGGACAUACUCGCCCCACGAUGUACAAAUGUCCGUAUUGCUUCAAGAAAUGUGACAAUAAACAAAUUUUGCAAAGUCAUAUCAAAAACCACAUGAAGACUAAAAUUAUCAAGGUUACCAAGGAUAAGAAGGGCAACUUGGGAUGUCAGGUGUGCCGAACAGCUUUUAUUUCUGUUUCUGAUCUGAGACAACACUACAAAGAUAAUAAAGAGAGCCAUUUAACCUGUCAUGUGUGCCUUGAGAAAUUCAAUAAUUUAACAAAACUUGAUACACAUCUCAAAAAUCACGACAUUGAAAAACCAUUUGGAUGUGAAAUUUGCGGUGCCAGAUUCAACUUCCAAAUCAAUUUUGAGCGUCACCUUAAAAAGCAUACCCAAAGCGAGACAUUGUAUAAAUGCCAGUUUUGUCCAAAAGUUUUUUCCGAUGAACCCUCAGUAGAAGAACAUGAGAAACUUCACGAAGUAGUUGAGGACAACAGAAGUCAUCACUGCACAGAGUGUGGGAAAUUAUUCACCACCGCAGGAUUUUUGAAGAAGCAUGUAGAACGUUUUCACCUUGGGUUGAACUUCAACAAGACCCAGCGUGUACCUUUCGAAUGUGAACUGUGCGGAAAGGUUUUAUCUUGUAAAGCCACUCUCUACAGUCAUAUGAAGAAUGUUCAUGAGAAAAGUCAAAAAUCGUUCACCUGUGAAAUUUGUGGAAAGAUUCUGAAGACUAAAACGUCUUUAGAACUACAUACGAAUUAUCAUAAUGGAAAUUGUCCUUUCAAAUGCGGAAUUUGCGGUAAAGCCUUCACCAAUGCAACAACUUUGAAGAGUCAUUCAUUGAUACACACCAAUGAAAGACCUCACGAGUGCCAGGUCUGCCACAAGACUUUCAAGCAGAAACCACACCUUACAACCCACAUACUCACCAUUCAUACAGCACUAAAGCUAUUCAAAUGCGACUAUUGUGAGAAAACGUUUGCACUCAAAGGAAAUCUUUCCCAGCAUUUAAAGACGCAUACCGGGUGCGAGUCUCCAUUUGUUUGCUCUGUUUGCAAUAAAGCCUUUUAUUUCGCAAGCAGGCUAAGGAAACACGAAAAGAUUCAUAUGAAGCAGUGAGUUCAUAGACUUUCAUGGAAUAAUUAAUAUUAUUAUUGAAGUUGUUUGUUUAUUUCCAAGAGGUCAUGAAAAAAUUUUGUGGUUUAAAUAACCAACCAAAUAUGUAUUGAAUUUAGUUUAAUCAGAAUCACUGAAAAGUGAUCGAUAUGCACAUAUGGCCUAAUAGUCAAUUUGGGGUUAAUUGUUGUAUACCUCUUCCAUUUCAAUAUUAGUUCUUAUAAAUAUAUUUAGUUAAUAUCUUGUAAUGUUCGAUUAUAAAUAAAUGUUGUUUUCAUUUA